AAAAUGUCUUCUACUUCAGCGGCGGACGAAAUUGAUGAGGCAAAAGAGCGAGAGCACUUUCGCGCCGUUGUCACCGCUUUCAAAUAUUAUAAAUUAUGCAGCUUAGACAGAAUACACAAAUCAGAGAAAAUAAUAUCAAUUCUACCACAAAAUCAUCAGCGUCGACUAGAAAAAUACAAGACUUAUCUCGCGAAAUUCAAGAAAUGUCUCGAUAUAAACAAUAGUGUGGUUCACCUAAUUAUAAAAGACGUUGACACUAUGUUUGAAAACGUUGACCACACUGUCACAGAUUCUUCUGGGACAAAUGGCACGGAGAGUUUUGGGUGUAAUUAUAAUAAUUGUGAAAUUGCGUCGCAGAAACAACAUAAAAUGCAACAUGAUGUGGAGAAGGUACAAUCAGUUUUAAAAAACAUAGUUCGCGAUUGGAGCGAUAUGGGUGCUGCAGAGAGAGAACAGUGUUACAAGCCUAUACUAGACGAAAUGGAGGAACGGUUCUCAUUGGAUGAAUACAGUGACCGCACCCAAGUCCGGGUGCUGGUCCCGGGCGCAGGCCUAGGCCGGCUGGCGUGGGAGGUGGCGGCGCGGGGCUACACGUGCCAGGGCAACGAGUUCUCGCUCUUCAUGCUGUUCGCCAGCAACUUUAUACUCAACAGGUGUACCGAGAUAAACAAAUACACAGUCCACCCUUGGGUACAUCAAUACGUGAACAACAUUACCUGCGAACAUCAACUAAUAUCAGCACGGUUCCCAGAUGUCUGUCCGUCAGGCAACAGGCCCAAUCAUAACUUCUCUAUGACGGCCGGGGACUUUCUUAAAGUGUACACAGAAGCAGAUGAAUGGUCGUGCGUGGCGACUUGUUUCUUCAUAGACUGCGCACCUAACGUCAUAGAGUUUAUAGAGAGAAUAUACAUGAUACUGCAGCCCGGCGGGUACUGGAUUAAUUUGGGGCCUCUGUUAUAUCAUUAUAGUGACAUGCCAACGGAAAACAGUAUUGAGCCACCAUACGACAUACUAUUGGAGAUAAUUAGAGAUAUAGGAUUUGAUAUAUUGAAAGAACAAACGGGCGUAAAAACGAAAUACGCCCAAAACCCUCACUCUAUGAUGCAACACGAGUACGACUCUGUGUUCUUCGUGUGCCGCAAACCUUAUUGCAUGUAGCCCUGUAUGUAGCAGACCUUAUUUAUUAUGAUAUACUACCUAUUUUCAUUGACAUCUUGUAAGGCUAUGUUUGAAUAUUUAGUAAUUUUUGGUAAUAAAUAUACGACAUUUGAUGUUUCUUAGCGAGUCUUAAAGUUCGUUUGUUUAUUGGAAAAAGAAACAGACUUAAAAAUUAUAUAAUAAUAUUCAGUUCUAUAAGCUUUGCUUUUACAAAGUUGGCAAACUUGAGUGAUUUGGGCCGAAGUUCACAGACAAUAUAAAGGUCCUUUUUCCUAAUGACAUCUGUGUACUUUAAAACUACUGUAAAAAUAUUGUUUGUCGAAUAAUUUAAAAGCUACGAGGUAGAUUUUAUACUAAAAGCCUUUUAUGGGUGUCGAUGAAAAGUAGGUGUAGGUAACAAUAAUAAUAAAUAAACAUUUUUAUAUGUAGAACGUAAUAAAAAGCAAGAAUGUAAUAAAUACAGUCGUCCAUGCGAUUGUUGCGCAACAGUUUCCCAACUGUUGCGCCACAGUUGCGCGACUAUUGACCGAUUAUUGGCUCACUGAGUAUUGCGAAAAAGCACAAAACCUUUUAUGAUGUAACAAAUACAAUACGUUAAAAUUUAGUCAAGUAGUACAUAUUAAAGCUAUAAUAUACGUUAUUUAUUAUUAUAUACAUAGGUAUUUGGUCAAAUAGUUUAAUGGUUUGGGCUAAACCUAUUUUUAACCGACUUUCCAAAAAAAGAGGUACUCAUUUCGGAAUUUUUUGGGGCAUAUAAGCGACUUAGACUGAAAAUAAUUGAUUCAGUAUUUUUGUAAUCAUAUGUGGAACUUAAUUAAAACAUACGAGUAUUAAAUUGAAUCUGGUUUGAUCCAGAUACAUAAUUUAGGAAGUUUAAUUGUUAAUAGAAAGGUAUUCCCAAACCAUUAAAUUCAAAUGUUAGUCGGCUUAGAACAGUGAUAUUUAGUAUUUUUAACCUCCUUCCCAAAGAGGAGGUUUUCAAUUAGGGUUUUUGAACGAUAAUUGGCUUCCUUUUUAAAAAGAUUUCUUCAUUUCUGAGUGAUUGCUUGCAUGUGACAAUAUAAUGUCUAUUUAGGCCCAAGUUCAGCGAUAAAAUAAACGUCAGUUUUCUUAAAACAACAAUUUCAAAGUAAACAGUUGUUUUUAGGAAAAACGGAAAUUUAAGUUUAAACUUGGGCCUUAAGCUAUUGAAUUGCUAUGGCUUUAUGCCUCUCAGUCAAACAUUGAAAGGAUAUAAAAUAGUUUGAUAGGCGUAAAUAUUGGCUUGCUAUUCUGACGCGAGCAAAACCGCGGUUGCAAGCUAGUAUAAUAUCAUUGUUCCAAAGCUAGGCAGCUUGAAGCUAAGUUUAUAAAAAGAUCUCUCACAAGAUAUAACAGUAUGAUAUAAUGGUCAGUAAAUAUGACAGAUUUUGUACCCACAACCUGUUGACCACGGAUGGACACUGAGGCCCAAGUUUACAACAUAAACGUCAGUUUUCGUAAACAACCUUUUACUAUGAAUUUUCAAAGUAAACUGUUGUUUUAAGAAAAACGGACGUUUAUGUUGUCGGUGCAAACGAGCCUUAAGUUCUAAAAUUAUAAUCAGUAUUUCUUUUUAAAGGCUAAGUUUAGCUGUUUUUCGCUAUAUAAAAUUAUGAAUAGGAAUGUUUCGAAGACCUAAAAUUUGUUUGGUGAUAACAAAAAUAUUAUAAAGAUGAAUAAUAAAGAUAUAUCUGAUGGAACAAUUUUUUGCGGUGCUUGCAAUAAUAAAUGAAAAGUAACUGCUACAGAAUUUUCAGCAUUUUGAUUUUGUUAAAAAAAAAAUAAGUAGAAAAAAAGCGUAGAACUAUUCAAUGUUUAUCCGUGCUUCAACAGGUAUAUAAUGUUUAUGAUAAUUUACAGUAAAUAAGUAACUUUUUGUUUAUUGAACUAGUACCUAAGAUGUUAUCACAAAGUAUUUUUUUUUGUUUUUAAAUUCUUGUGAGUCUCUGGAAACGUCAAAACUUCAUCAUAAUGUCACCCCGGCCUGUACACACAUGUAAAAAAUAUUUCACUGUCUGGACAGUGAAAUAUUUUUUCAAAUCGGUACAGUAGUUUCAAAGCCUUUUGGGUUACAAACAAACAAAGAAAAACUGUUUAUAAAGUUGGUUAAGUCUUCCACGUAAAUGAAGAAAUGUACGGAAUAACCGUAUCUAUACUGGUUUUUUAAAAGUACCCAUUUUUAAUAUUAUAGUUAAUGUUUAUUCCGUCAUACAUCACUAAAGUUUUUUUUCUAUCUAUGUAGAUAAAAAUGAAUUGUUGUUCGUUAGUCUGAUUAAAACUCGAGAACGACUGGGCCGAUUGAGCUGAUUUUGGUUUUAAAAUGUUUAUCGUACUCCAGGGAAGGUCUAAACGGUGAGCGAAUAAGGAAAAGGCGGUAUGAAGUUCGCCGGGUCAGCUAGUUUGAAAUAAAAAUACAUUUUAGAGACUCACAAGUAUUUGUUUAAUAAAAUCGCCAAACGCGAUAGCGACUGAAACAUAAUAGAUUUUGCUAAUAAAUAAGGAGAUUAAGGGCCUAUCAAUAAAUAUAUUUACAUCAAAAUAACCUCAUACUUUUUCAGCACUUUCUAAGUUUACUAAUCUGGGUCAUCAUCAUAUGUGUUGAUGUAAAUAUACUUAUAAAAAGAUAACAAGAGCCGACGCUCAUACGAUUUUGUAUCGAUAAAAAUAUAAGUUUUUUCUCAUAUUUAUAUCGAUAUAGUUUCUGAGUAAACCGGAACGUACACUCGUCCGUUAAUAAGUGAUACAUAGUCAUAAUUGCUUAUAAUAAUAUUACAUUGUUUACUAACUUAGUUUUAGAACAAGCGGAAUUUGAAGAAAAAAAAAAGAAUAUAAUAUUUCUGUUUUUGAGGAGCUAGAAAGUAUUAAAAAAAGUUUCUUUUUGCUAAUAUAAAAAGGUAUAAAAGUUAUCGGCACGAAUCUUGAGCUCUGACCUACAUCUGCGCAGAAGUGAUUUAUUAGCAAAGAACCAAUCCCGAGUGACGGCUAUGACGCGAUGCGCUGCGGGCCAAUCACCGCUUUAGCCCGCCCCCGCGCCUCACUUCAUACCACAAAAGGGAACUAAUAAAUUACUUCUGCGCAGGUGAAGGUCAGAGCUCAAGAUUCGUGCCGAUAACUAUAUUGAUAUGGAUUUUCUAGCCAGUCUGACAUAAAAAUGCACUACAUAGUUUGAGCUAAGUUUAUUUCAAGGCUCGAAACAUCACUUUUAUAAUUGAACUAAUGUCUUCUAAUCUUAUUUAAGAAGUGGUUUUAAAAAGUACUGUCUAGCACUAAGCUAGAUUUAAACCAUUAACUUUCUUCAAGAUGAUGUUUUAAAUUAAACCCAGUAUUUUUUAAAACCAGAUUUUAAAAUAAGAUGAUUAGUGUUAAAUGUAUACACUUGUGAUAAUGCUGUAUUUAUCGUCUAUUUUGUAAUAGUCUACUUUUUCUGGCAGAAUUUAUUCAAAAAAUAUUUUUGACAGUGUAAAAAUGAAAUAAAUUACUAGUCAACUGUUAGAUACGAAUAGUAAUUUAUCGAUAUUGGCAUUUUUGCCAACACUAAUGGUAGUGAUGAUGUCCUCCUAGCCGAUUAUCGGCUCAUGUAAGGAGAUGAGCUAGCUGCGCAGGACAUAUUAUAGUGCACAAGCAUUUGCGCAGACACAGGUGCACUCACUAUUCCUUCACUCGUUAACACCAAUAUCGUUAUAAACACGAAAUAUACAGUUUUUUUUUUGUAUUUGAAAUAGUCUGUUGAGUUAGCACCAAAUAUUAGUCACACACUUCAAAAAAUUAGUCGAAUGAUUGAUUUUCAUAGUUAAUGCAGAUUAUUACAAAAUAAACGAUGAAAUAAUCACCAUGAUCUUCAUUUUGAUCUACAUUAAUAAUUAUUAUAUUUUAACAAGUUGUAAGACGUAUACCGAAAUCCGAAUGUCAGGAUUUUUGUUAUCACUCGUAUCAUGACAUAACGCAUGUGUUUAAAUUAUACAGGCUGUAUUUUUUAAGAAAGUUUUUUAAAACUGAAAAAAAAAAUACAAAAUUGAGAUGUUUUGUAUUUUUGAUGUUUUUAUUUGUUAUCUUGUAAAACCCAAAGUUUUCUUUUUUGAAAAUACAACCUGUAUACUGUAUGUGAUGUCUGCUUAUAUGACAUCUAUAAAAUACUUAGAGUCAAAGAGAGAUAGUGGGAGUAAGAGUCAGAAAAUUUGAGCAUAUAGGAUUGGCUUUAACUACAAUUUUGUACUGUAGUAUCGAUAUUUCUACAGGAUCGACACUAUAGGACAUAUUGAGUGGUAAACUGAAAAAAAAAAUCUAUAUUUCGCGUAUUAAAAUUAUGCCCAAAAGUAGAAGUACCUAAUCAAAAAAAAAAAAUGGGCAAAAAGUAUUAUCAUUUAAAUAUUUAAAUUCAGUUAUUGGUUGCUUGUUUAAAAAAAAAACAUUUUGUAUAAUAGGACUCGUGUAUAAUAAAAGUUAGGGGUACCGAAGAUUUUGUGCAGUUGACAGUUGUCCGUUUUCAAGGAAAAAUAUCGUUCAUUGUCGUCCUACUAAGCCAACACGCUCUAAGUUGAAAUUCUUCAUCUUCCUCCAAACUUGUCUAUUUGUCAUGACUACAUUGCGGGGGCGAGAAACGUUACUGUCUCAGUCCUUAAACGCAUUCUUUGGAACUUGUCCAUUUUUCGAAAUACCAAAAAUCGUUGAAUCAAUGGCUCCAGACGCCUCGUUACUUCACUCGUGACGGAUAGUUUUGGUCAUGACCAACAUACGUAUUUGACCUACAAGAAGGCGCCUGACCUAUCUGCCUUAUGGCAUCGACAAUUUUCCAUAAAGAAAAAUAGAAUAGAAUCGUCCUUUGUACUAACCAUGUACUAACUAACAGCAACUGUCAACUGCACCAAAAAGGUCAGACUGUAUAUUAUGAUUGUUUAAAAACCAUUUGUUUUUAAGAGAUGGGCUUCCAAAAUAGUUCUGUCUCUUGUGAGAUGAUUUCAACUUCAUGGUAUAGUAAUAUGUAGUAGGAUAAUUUGGAACAAAUCAUGCCAAUUUGUAGUUUGAUUUUUCUGGAAGUUUGAAGCUUAAUAAAACCAUUAUAUUAUAUUUAUACUAGCUUUCCGCCCGCGGCUUCGCCCGCGUGGAAUUCGGUUCACCCCUCCCGCUGUGGGUUAGCAGCGGUGAGGGAGUGUCAGACUCUUACUGACUAAAAUCGUCGUGUUCCGUCCUAGGCCUUUUAUAUACCAGGGCCGCGGUACCUCUUUCGAACAACCCGCAGCCGCGGCUGGCCCUGGCGCUACUGGGCCCCACUGAUUUCAAAACACGUUAAGACUAAUUCGCGGCGAACCUUAACACCAUCAACCUUAUCGCCAUCUAUCGAGCUAUCGGGAAGCUCGCGAUUGAACAAUGAGCUACAGGUUAAAGCGCGAGAUAUCAUUGCACUUCUUACGUAUCUUAAAAAAAAACAACGUCACCACGUUUUAAAAAGCUAUCAUUCCACUUCUUACGUAUUUUAAAAACACAUCGUUACCACGUUUUAAAAACACCCAGCGCCAUCUAUCGCAUACCUCAAGAACUAAAUAACUUAACUAAUACUUAUACCAAUUAGUAAUUCGUUGAAUUAUAGUUAUUUCAGGAUAAGUAGAUGUAAAAAAAACAGUUAAGACGAUAAAACAAAUUGUACGUCAUCCCUCGGGAAUUCCUCAUUUUCGAGGAUUCAUUAUCGUAUCAUUUAGCUUCUAAAUUUAUAUGUUCAUAUUCGUUUGCAAUAUAUAAGUAGAUGUAAAAAAAAAAACAGUUUAGACGAUUAAACAAAUUGUACAUCAUCCCUCGGGAAUUCCUCAUUUUCGGGGAUUCAUUAUCGUAUCAUUUAGCUUCUAAAUUUACAUGUUUAUAUUCGUUUGCAAUAUAUUACCUUGUUUUAAACGACACACAGCGCCAUCUACAAUCCAUCCAUCAAGCAAACAAUUUUUGUUUCCCUCGGGAAUAUCUAUUUUUUUCGGGAUAAAAAGUAGCCUAUUAUUUAAUCCGGACUUUUAACUUUACGUCUGCAAAAUUUCAAAGCAAUCGGUUCAGUAGUUACGGCGUGAAAGCGGAACAAACAAACAAACAAACAAACAAACAAACAAACAAACAAACAAACAAACUCACUUUCCGAUUUAUAAUAUUAGUAAGGAUAGCUUUCCGCCCGCGGCUUCGCCCGCGUGGAAUUCGGUUCACCCCUCCCGCUGUGGGUUAGCAGCGGUGAGGGAGUGUCAACUCUUACUGACUAAAAUCGUCGUGUUCCGUCCUAGGCCUUUUAUAUACCAGGGCCGCGGUACCUCUUUCGAACAACCCGCAGCCGCGGCUGGCCCUGGCGCUACUGGGCCCCACUGAUUUCAAAACACGUUAAGACUAAUUCGCGGCGAACCUUAACACCAUCAACCUUAUCGCCAUCUAUCGAGCUAUCGGGAAGCUCGCGAUUGAACAAUGAGCUACAGGUUAAAGCGCGAGAUAUCAUUGCACUUCUUACGUAUCUUAAAAAAAAACAACGUCACCACGUUUUAAAAAGCUAUCAUUCCACUUCUUACGUAUUUUAAAAACACAUCGUUACCACGUUUUAAAAACACCCAGCGCCAUCUAUCGCAUACCUCAAGAACUAAAUAACUUAACUAAUACUUAUACCAAUUAGUAAUUCGUUGAAUUAUAGUUAUUUCAGGAUAAGUAGAUGUAAAAAAAACAGUUAAGACGAUAAAACAAAUUGUACGUCAUCCCUCGGGAAUUCCUCAUUUUCGAGGAUUCAUUAUCGUAUCAUUUAGCUUCUAAAUUUAUAUGUUCAUAUUCGUUUGCAAUAUAUAAGUAGAUGUAAAAAAAAAAACAGUUUAGACGAUUAAACAAAUUGUACAUCAUCCCUCGGGAAUUCCUCAUUUUCGGGGAUUCAUUAUCGUAUCAUUUAGCUUCUAAAUUUACAUGUUUAUAUUCGUUUGCAAUAUAUUACCUUGUUUUAAACGACACACAGCGCCAUCUACAAUCCAUCCAUCAAGCAAACAAUUUUUUUGUUUUCCCUCGGGAAUAUCUAUUUUUUUCGGGAUAAAAAGUAGCCUAUUAUUUAAUCCGGACUUUUAACUUUACGUCUGCAAAAUUUCAAAGCAAUCGGUUCAGUAGUUACGGCGUGAAAGCGGAACAAACAAACAAACAAACAAACAAACAAACAAACAAACAAACAAACAAACAAACUCACUUUCCGAUUUAUAAUAUUAGUAAGGAUAGCUUUCCGCCCGCGGCUUCGCCCGCGUGGAAUUCGGUUCACCCCUCCCGCUGUGGGUUAGCAGCGGUGAGGGAGUGUCAGACUCUUACUGACUAAAAUCGUCGUGUUCCGUCCUAGGCCUUUUAUAUACCAGGGCCGCGGUACCUCUUUCGAACAACCCGCAGCCGCGGCUGGCCCUGGCGCUACUGGGCCCCACUGAUUUCAAAACACGUUAAGACUAAUUCGCGGCGAACCUUAACACCAUCAACCUUAUCGCCAUCUAUCGAGCUAUCGGGAAGCUCGCGAUUGAACAAUGAGCUACAGGUUAAAGCGCGAGAUAUCAUUGCACUUCUUACGUAUCUUAAAAAAAAACAACGUCACCACGUUUUAAAAAGCUAUCAUUCCACUUCUUACGUAUUUUAAAAACACAUCGUUACCACGUUUUAAAAACACCCAGCGCCAUCUAUCGCAUACCUCAAGAACUAAAUAACUUAACUAAUACUUAUACCAAUUAGUAAUUCGUUGAAUUAUAGUUAUUUCAGGAUAAGUAGAUGUAAAAAAAACAGUUAAGACGAUAAAACAAAUUGUACGUCAUCCCUCGGGAAUUCCUCAUUUUCGAGGAUUCAUUAUCGUAUCAUUUAGCUUCUAAAUUUAUAUGUUCAUAUUCGUUUGCAAUAUAUAAGUAGAUGUAAAAAAAAAAACAGUUUAGACGAUUAAACAAAUUGUACAUCA